AUGACGAACUCCCUAGGUAACGGUUUAGGCAUUCAACUCCAAUCAGUCAAUUUCAUCAUAGCUGAAAACAAUAACAAUAUUGGUGAUGUGGCCGUUGGUUCAGAUCCAGGUUCAACAGUAGAUGGCCAACCGGACUCAAACGACAAGAAAGACAUUGAAAACUCUUCAUUUGAACAAUCUGAUGCUAUUCAUGUGUUAGACUUACCACCUUUGUCAAAUUCAUUGCCUAUUCCAGUCUUGACCACAAUACUCAAAUUCUUACAACCUGAAGAAGAACUAAACUUUGGAUCAGUAGAACCAACUUCUAGAAACCAAACAGAAACUCGUGAUGAAACUUUGAAUUCAAAAGGGGUCUCCAUAAACGAAUAUCAAUACGCACAAGAAUGGUUAGUGAACAAUGGAUUUAUUAAAUUAGCCAACAACUUAUGUUACAUUCAAUUCUCCCAAAGCUUUUUCCAAUAUCUCAACAAGAUCCUGGCUUCAAGAUUUGCAUCCGAUGAUACUAUUUUGAAAUUAACAAGUUUAAGAAUAUCAGAGAAUUGUGGAAGAACUGCUAAACCAAAUUUUCAAAGAAAAAUCAUUUUGAAAAAUUUUGAAACUCCAAUUGUAUUAUUUGAACCUGCACUAACUUCUGAUAAUUUGGGUUUAAAGACUUGGGGGUCUUCUUUGAUAUUGAGUGAACUGAUCGUAGAAAACCAUCAAUCUUUGAUUUUGGAACCAGUUUUGGAGUUGGGUGCUGGUACUGGGUUAUGUGGGUUAACUGUAGAUCUAUUGGGUUAUAAAGAUGUUAUAAUGACUGAUUUACCUGAAAUUUUACCAAAUUUGAUGAAAAAUAAAGAUUUAAACCAUUGUGAUGCCCAAUGUGAGGUUUUAGAUUGGACUGACCCUAAAAGUUUCAUUGACACAAAGGGAGAAUUAACGUUCAACACAAUAGUUAUUGCAGACCCAAUUUAUUCUUCAGACCAUCCAAAUUAUGUGGUGAAUAUGAUGCACAAGUUCUUAUCUAAAACACAUGAUGCCAGAAUCCUUUUACAAAUACCCAUUAGAAAGACGUUUGAGAAUGAAAGAGCUAAAUUGUGGUCAUUGUUAGAAGAAAAUAAUUUUCAAAUAGUUGAUGAGAAAAUCAUUGACGGUUAUGAUGAUUUUGGUGCACAAAAGUUCAUUUACAAGGAAAUACGGUGGAGAAUAUAA